AUGGAAACUAUAACUACUCGCCAGAAAGAAAAUGAGGUUGCACAAACCGUUCAAUGCUACAAUGCGCUCGACGGAAAAUUCGGAACUUUGCUGGAAAACAAUGAUUAUUUUGUUACUUCACCGAACUCGGAAACGAUGUACAUGCCUAAUCUGGGUCCGUGCAGAAUCACUCAAAGAAAGGACUUUUAUUAUGGCGCAGACGAUCAUUUGUUGUACCCCCAACCAUUUAUUCCUUUUCGUUGUCACUGGGCUUCUAUUCCACGACGACCACUAUAUGAUAGCGACCCUCUUGCGAAGUGGUGGAAAUCAUUACCAGAUAACGCAUUUAUUAUGGAGAACGGUGCGGUUGAGGGACUCGGAAAAUGGGAUAAGAAACACGUCGCCCGUUAUAGAAAAGAUGUUGACGCCAUUCGUGCACGCGCUUUUUCGUACAAAAUGGCUCGGAGGUCCACGGGGAAAGAAGUAAACGAGCUUGUUUCGGUCUUGAAUGAACAACUGUAUCGGACCCUGCAUUAUUUGACCUCGAUGGUUUUUCCUCUUCUACGUGCGCAACAACUUUGGGCAACAUUUCGUCGAUGGUAUCUUGAGCUACUCGGUGCUCUGGACUGGGUCGAAAUUAUGAAACCGAUUAUGGAUGGGCAGGAACUUCCUACUAGUUCAUCUCGCAAAGUUGCAUCAAAAGCAAUGGGUGCAUUCGUUCACCAUGUCCGAGACUGCGAAAACCUGUUCGUAGCAAGUAUACCUCUAUGGUAUAUCCGACCUCGUUCAGAACUGGCCAAUGUUCAGAUUCGCGACAAACCCACAGAUAUACACUCACCUGCAACGAUAAAAAUCUGUACGGAACCGUUUUCAAAUCGAAUAAUUUAUCAGGGUCGAGCAGACGAUACUCAAAAGGCGCUUGCCAUUGAAAAACACUGUCUCGAAGUCAUUGAUUGCGGCAACCCUUUCGAUUCUGUCUUAGUCGUACACAACACAAUGUCAUCUUCCUCCGAUUCCCCACCUACAUCACACUUUCGUAUCGUCAAAAAAUCAAAAAAUACAAAGAAAAAGAGGGAAUCAAAUCGUGUUGCACCAUAUACAUUAUCGAAGCCUACGAGUUGUCCACAACCGCAACGAGACAAAUUUGCAGAAAUUCGUAACGAAGUCUCUCUGCCUGUUGCAGAUGUGUGGGUUAAAGCUCUUAACGAAAUUGAUCGUACUUUGCGUCCUCCAAAGGAUUCUGGCAAAAACAGCGGAUACGCGUUCCCCGACCCGAAUAUGAUUUUAUUUGCCCCCAAAGAAAAGAGAUUUAGGAUGCUCAAAUCAUGGACCCGUUUUCGUGCAGUCCUUAUCUUUCGUCAUAUGAUGCCUGCAUCUUUCACAUCGGGUGCUUGGACCUCAGAACAAUGGAGGAUCCUUCUAGCACUUUCCGAAACGUACACGUCUUCCACAUCAAACGACGGAUUCAUGGCAAAGCAACGUCAGAGCGUAUAUCACUUAUUGUCUGAAUGUUUCAAGUUCCAUAAAUUGAAGCUGAACCUGGACAACGUCAACACCCAUGUGUUUAGUUGGAGAAACCGUGAAGUCCCUGUUCGUUAUUUGAAUGACGAUGAAGUGGUAAAAGAAAUUGUUUGGGAACUAUUCGAAUUGAAUUUUCGAAUUGAAUUCCAAGCACUUCACCGAAGACUUUGCGUAACGGAACGACAACCAUCACGAAAUUCUAUUGGUGCGAAAUCAUUUGAAGGAAUUUAUUCAUGUUUUUACGACUCGAAGAACGUAAAUAAUCCCACUCAAGUCGACUUCGAUGGAGCAUCAAAAGGUCUCGCUGCUAUAAAUCUGGAAGAUCGAAACCCCUACAUGUUACCAUUUUGCCGUGUUUUAGUCCAAUGGCCAGGAGGCGAUAUCGGAACGGAGUUGUUGAAAAAUUGCACAGUGGAAUCUGAUCUUAUGCAGUCGCAGCUUGCUAAACUGGAAAACUGGGCAGUUCCCUUUUACUGUCAAUCGUUUUAUUCUAUGUAUGGCAGGCCCCCUAUCAUACCACAUUGCCUCGACAAGUUGACUACGCUACCAGAAGAAGUUUACUCAGACUACGGUGACCCGGUUUCCGACUAG